AUGGCGAUGAGAUGGUUCGAUGGCCUCAAGCCAAACUCCAUAAACUCUUUUAAGCAACUGACGCAGGCUUUCGGUUCUCUCUUCAUAACUAGCAGCAAGGUCCCUCGGCCCUUAGAUUCCCUCCUAUCCUUGUCCAUGCGAGAAGGAAAGACCCUAAAGGCCUACUCAGACAGAUAUUGGGAAGUGUAUAAUGAGAUAGAGGGAAAUUACGAUGACGUCGCCAUUAGCACAUUCAAGAAGGGCUUGCCGACAAAGCAUGGUUUAAGAAAGUCCCUGACUGGGAAACCGGUCACUAGUGUGCGCCAACUCAUGGACAGAAUCGACAAGUACAAGAGAGUCGAAGAGGACCAGCAAACGGGAAAGGGAAAAACGAAGGUUGUCCCUCAAGAGAGGAGGGACUUCAGGUCAGACCGUUUUAAUAACAGUAACCGACCGAGAAGGGAUUACUCGAAGCAGUCUGGAUCCACAUGGGCACAAGCAGUCCAUGCUGUGUUCCGAGAACCAUUACAUAAGAUCCUAGGGAAAGUGAAGAACAAACCAUUCUUCCAAUGGCCCAGUAAGAUGGCAGGCGACCCCGCAAGACGUAACCAGAAUUUGUAUUGCGAGUAUCACCAAAAGCCGGGCCACACCACCGAUGAUUGCAGGAACUUGAAAAAUCACUUGGAUCGUCUGGUCCGAGAGGGAAAGUUGAGACAUCUAUUGCAUCACCUUGUUGGAUGGCAGGAGCAGUCGAACAUCGAAACAAGGCAAAGUACAUUGAGGUCACCCAUUGGCACGAUAAAUGUCAUUCUUGCAGCACCAAGAAGGACUGGCUGCCAUCCUUUUAGAGUAAUGUCGGUGGGCCGACUCCCCGCUGAAACUAACGACUGGGAGUCCAAGAGGGCUAGAAGGGUGGCCACGCCCCUAAUCAGAUUCUCGGAUGAGGACAAACUGGGAACCCUCCAGCCCCACGACGAUGCUCUAAUCGUCACGCUCAGGAUUGGGGGAUAUGAUGUGAAGAGGGUGCUAGUCAAUCAGGGCAGCGCCGUGGAAGUAAUGUAG